AUGAUGGCUGUUAUCUUUCAUCUUUUUAAUGUUAGAAAUAAUGUUUAAGCUGUUAAUUUGGAAAAUGUAUCUAUUGUGACCAAGGAUAUUGGAUUCUAGAUAAUGAAUGUUAUGAAAUUUAGAAUGAUGGAUAUAGCAUUGGAAAUGAAUAAUGUGAUGAUAAUAAUUUAUAAGCAGCAGAUGGUUAUUAUAGUGUCUUCUUUGAUUGUCCUAAAGAUUGUGAAUACUUUUAGUAAGGAUUAUGUUUAAAAUGUAAUUAAGAAUCAAAAUAACUUAAUUAAAUUAAUAAUUAUUGUGAAUAAUUUUGUGGAGAUGGAUAUUUAUCAAAUGAUGAAUAAUGCGAUGAUGCAAAUAAUAUUCCCUAUGAUGGGUGUCAUGAAUGUAAAUUUUAAUGCAAUAAUUAUUGUCAUAUUUGUAGCAAUGGCGAAUGUCUAUAAUGUUGAUGAUGGAAAUCUUAUUCCAUAUGAUGGGUGUUAUGAAUGUAAAUUCUAAUGCUAAGAAGAAUGUAUCGAUUGUGUUAAAGGUGUUUGUAAUAGUUGCAUUGAUCGAGGAUGGAUACUUAAUCCAAAUCAUGUUUGUACUAAUAAAUGUGGAGAUGGAAUCACUAUUGAUUAGUUUGAAUAAUGUGAUGAUGGUAAUGAUAUUCCUUAUGAUGGUUGUUAUUAAUGUGAAUUUCAAUGCGAAUUACUCUGCACUUUAUGUGAAUAAGGAGUUUGCUUUGAAUGCAAUUAGUUUGGAUGGAUUAUCUAAAAUAAUUAAUGUACUUCUAUUUGUGGCGAUGGAAUUGUAGUUGGAAAUGAAUAAUGUGAUGAUAUGAACUCUAUUUAAAAUGACGGUUGCUAUUAAUGUAAAUUCAUGUGUGAUCAAUACUGUCUUGAUUGUUAAGAAGGAGUUUGUAAUGAAUGCCUUUAAGGAAUGAAUUUAAUCAAUUAAACUUGUUAACCAAUUUGUGGAGAUGGAUUUCAUCUUUUAUCAUUUGAAUAAUGCGAUGAUGCAAAUAAAGAUAAUGGUGAUGGUUGCGAUUCCUAAUGUUAAAUUGAAAAUGAUUGGAUAUGCAUUACUAAUGCAAGUUUUAUUUCUGUUUGUUUAAUCUCAAAAUAACCAGAUUUUAAUAUUAUUGUAUUAACACCUGAUCCUCAACAAUUUUGUGAUGUUUAAAUUCAAUUCAAUCAACAAGUUAAAUUAUCUUCAAAGAUCUUCAAUGAUUUAAAUGAAAAUAUCGUAACUACUAUAAUUAAUUUAUAAUAAGAGAAUUAUAGUAUUCAGUUGACCAAAGAAAUUAAAAUUGCUAAAAAUGAACUUACAGAUUUAGUACUUUCGUUUAGAAUUUAGUUUUUAUCCACUAUUGAGCAUCCUGUAUUUUAAAUAGAAUUUCAAAAUGACCCACUCAUCUCAGAAUAUAAUUAGACUCUUACUAAAAGUUAAGGUUAAAUAGAACUUUCUACUCCUAUUUUUUUAGCAUAAACCGAAAUACAAAUAGCAGAAUAAGCUUCAGGUUUUAAUUAAGCAAUAAUAAUUUCUCUUGCAAGUCUAUCCUCUAUUUGUUUAUUGACAGGAUAAUCAGAUAUCUUUUGGAAUCUAAUGGAUUAAUUACAAUAUUUAUCAUAUGUAAAGUACGUAAAUAUUGAUUUCUCUCCUAAUCUCAACAUAUAUUUUGAAGUAUUUAAGUUUGUAACUAUCUCACCUUUGAUAUCAGCUUUAGGUAUAGAUAAAUUAUUUGCAGCUCUUGAUGGAAGUGAAGAUUUUAUUGUUGUAACUAAUUACAAAUUUCUCAAAGAUGAUAUCAAUGCAUAUUUCCUUUUAAAUUUUUAGAGUUUUUUAUUUUGCCUUAUAACAACAUACCUUAGUUUUUAUAGUGCAUAAAUCAUUUACCAUCUUCUCAAAAAAAUUGGUCACAUUCAAAUCAAAUAACUUGGUUUUACAAUUGGUAAACUUGUAAUAACUUUUCGAACAACACUUUAACAUAAAAUCUCUGAAUUUUAUCAUAAUGCUAUUUUAAGAUUACUUUUAUCAAAUUCAUAUGAUUUAUCUUUUGCUUGUGCCAUUCAAUUAGCAUAUUAUCCAAAAACAGCAAUACUGUAUUGA